AUGUCAAGUGUUGCGGCUUCUGGUUUAAUUGGCCCAAAUUCUGUUCUUAUUCCUUCACAAGUCGUGAGAAACAAUCUUGGAAACUCAGAUGAGACUUUCAUUCGAAGAGAUCUCACAAAACCGCAGGAAUACGAAUCGGAAACCGAGUCAGACACUACUACAGACGAUGAUGAUACAAGUGAUGACGAUAAACGACUAGCUAAUAAUCCAGUACUUAAAGAGCGAUUAAAACAACUCGAUCGGUAUGCUACCCCAAUCAAACAUCAUGCUCACUCCCCAGUUCAAAUGAGUGACCAACACACCCUAUCUGGUUUAUACGCCACAAACAUGCCAGUUUCUGAUCAUACACCUCACAGUGGUCCUGUUUCUAUUCAUGCGAAACCCAAUGAAUCCUCUGAGGUAAUAGAUAGUAGCUCUACUCCUCCUGAAUAUUGUUCUCAUCAAUUAUCUGUCGCUGAAUCACCAACUUCUUGCAGUGGUCCUGCUUCUCUUAAUACAUCUCUCACCCCCAAACAUAAUCUUUCCCCACCGUAUAUCAUUUCGGGUAAUAAUACCGCCAUUCCUGAACCGAUGCAUCAGCAUGAAACAGAUGUAGCUGGUACGUAUUUCCACCUUUCAAAUACUUUACCACAUAAGUCUAACGAAUUACCACCUGGAUACAAAUAUGGCCUAUCUUUUAACUCACUUGAUGUGAUUCAUUCAAAUGAUAUUUUUGUUGAGAAAGUUGGGGCUAACCAAGACUGUGUUUGUAAAGUUUGUCAUAUUGCAUAUCCUAACCGAUCUUCUCUACGAAAUCAUAUGAAGAAGCAUGAGAAUCAUAGCGUAAAGCGUCAUCAAUGUGAUCACUGUCCGUAUUCCACACAGUAUGGGAAGAACCUAAUCAAACAUAUAGAGUCGAUGCAUACUGUUGCUAAUUCUCAAGAACUUCACUGUGAAGGUUGCUCUCGACGCUUUCCAAGUGAGACUCUUCUACGUGAUCAUGAUUGUAUUAUGGCUCAGUGCAACACUUAUCGAUGUAAUGAAUGUGGCAGAGUAUUCAAGACGAAAUUGCGUUUAAGAUAUCAUACAGAUGUACACAAUCCAAGAAAACCUUAUGUAUGUGACAUUGAAGGUUGUGAUCGAGCUUUUCGUACGCCAAAGUAUCUCAAAAAUCACAGGGAUGAAUUUCACAGAAUACAUCCUAAAAACUACACAUGUCCAGUAGAACAGUGUGACUUAGUUUUUCACCGAAAAACCCAUCUAAAGCGUCAUAUUGCCACACAUGACGAUUCUGAAAAGAAAUAUCAAUGUCAGUGGCCUAAUUGCCAGCGUCGGUUUUGCAGUGAAGAAACACUAAACCUUCAUUAUCGCAAGCAUACUGGUGAAAAACCUUUUAGUUGUGCUCUCUGUUUGUAUAAUUGUUAUGACAGAUCAAGUUUGAACGAACACUAUCAGAUACAUCAUGCCAAGGAUGGGAAUAUUGAUUGUGAUUUUAAGGAUAUUCACCACCAAAUGCCUUCGUCUUGUUCAUCCCAACAUCCGGAGACACUGGAAUACAGAGGAACUUGCACUGCUGGAGGCUUAGUAACACGAACAUCUACACCUGUACCAACCUUACGUCAUCGAAUGGCUGAUAUUUUAGACUCAUGUGCUCCCCAGGUUCCUGGGCCUCUUGACGCAGAGAUUAGUGGGAUUUUGGAUAGCCUUGACAAAGAAUCGGAUCUACCAGACUUAUUUGGCAGUGGAGGAUUCGAAACAGAUCGUUCGAACACGGAAAGAAAAUUUAUUGAUAACUCAAACCAGUGUGUUAAUGGUCUAAUUUUCCCUUGUCGACAAAAUAUUCAACCGUCAUGUGCAACCCCAUUACCCUCGGUCUCGUCAUCCAGUGCCAUCACAACAGAAUCUGGAACUAACGAGUCUAGUUUGAACUUGGUUUUGCCUAAUAUUCUUUCAGAACUUCAACAUGCAGAGUUAUCUGGUUCCGUUGAGGAGUUUGAAAAAGCGAAAUCACACGUUUUAUCUGCACUUCCAACAUUCGUGAUAGGAGAAAAGCUAACUACCCAGAUUAGUGAAAUUGUUGAUGAAGUGAAUGAUGCUCUCGUCGCUCAGCCUUUGCAUGUCGUACGAGCUGCUUUUCAUACUGCUCGUCCCUUCACUCGUGAAGAAUCAUAUAUGAUCGGAUUACUUGAACAGCAAAUGUCAUCUGAGUCCUCCCUAAUAGCCCCGAAUCCUCCAAGAAGACGCGGUAGGCGUCCGAAACUUCAACAGCAACUACAACCUUAUCUUCAACGCAUAUUUUGUUUAGAAUCUGGAGCAGCAGAAUCUAUGGCAUCACAGUUAGUAAACGCCUCACAGAAGGAUAAGCGAUCCAAUUAUUAUGACUACUAUAAAAGCUCUGGGUUUAGAAGAGGUCGGAUUUCUCGUAGUCGUGAAAGAUCUAGUAAACAUUUCCAACUAAGCGUGAAAGUCCCACGGGAUGAAUCAGUUUCAGGAACUAACCAUUUUAAUCACUCUCAGUAUCAUCCCUCGGGAAUAGGUAUAUCUUGUGGUAGUAUUGCAAGAAAACAUCAAGGUAGUGGGGGAUAUCAUAUUGAACGAAUAUCGGAUAAUAUCCAUACUAACUUUUCCAAUGAAACCAGUUCUCAAAGAAAUCUUAUGGAGCAAUGUAAUACUCACUCCGAACUUAUUGAUAAUUUAAAGCGCCCGAAUGGCUUUCGUUCUAUUCAUUCACAGCUACAGUCAGAAGGCUUUAAUUAUUCAACGGAGAGGUUUCGUUUUCCACAAGAAGAAAAUCUCUUAAAAUUGAAUAGGAAGUUCCGAAGUCCCGAUGGUGAAUUCGAUUAUGGUGAAAAUAGUGAUAUUUUAACUCGUAGAUAUAUGCAUAUUCAAAACAAAUCUGAUCCAGCUCAUAAAGAUCAUAGAAUAAGAGAUCAUGUGAUGAGAGAAUCCAAUUUUGAAAGUGAAGAAAAUUCCAGACGCGACGGCUCACAUGAUGUAAAGAAGUUUCUAGAUCAAGAAACACUCGGCGAAAUGCUAGAGGAUUUCGGUGUUAUAGUACAGAGAAUCGGAGAAACAGCUGUAGCGAGAAAACAUCAGGGCUACUUAGAUGGUCAACCACUUAAUCUUUCUGAUUUUACACAUGGGGAACAGUUUUCAGGUUCUAUCAACUCUCGUUCUAUUCACAACAAAAAUGGAAAUGAUGCACAAUCUACCCAGCUCCCAUCAAUGGUAACUUUAACCUCAGGUAGUGUCAGUACUCCUCCGAGUGUCGAAGAACGUACUCCAGGUUGUGUUUCGAAUGCCGAACCUCAAGUUCUAUCUCCUCAUCUGUCUACAGCAUCUUUGCACGCUCCAUCAUCGAUAAAGUCGUCUCAUCCGUACAAUCAAUCCAGCACACCAAUGUCAGAUACGGACAAUUUAAUUUCAGGUAAACCGUCCACCAUCACGUUAAACACUUCUCAUAAGUCAGAGCAGAUGACAUACAAUUCAGCUAGUAAUAAUUACCAUCGAGUCGCACCAAUGUGGUCUUGUGAGUCUAUGUGUUGUCCACUAACUCGAGAUGAGGAAGUCGGUAAAGCAGAGGAAUCUUGCCCUGGUAACGAUUAUUCCUCUCAGGCUGGUCAAACAAGAAUUCCUCAGUCCACAGGAAAUUACUCUAAGGAACCAAAUGGGACAAAAAACCAGUGCUUUUAUCCAAAAGAUUUAAGUACUAGAGUACUAUCUUUUGAAGCUGGUUCUGAUUCUAAUCAUAACCCGUCAACUCCACCAAGAGCUUUUACAAAACCUGAUCCCAGUGACCCUGAGUUCUCUGGCUUGAGAUAUGAAACAUUAGUAAGUCGUCCUGUUCACUUAUCUUCCAAAGCCUCAGCAAUGGGUUCAUUGAUAUCAGCAGCUGAGGCAGUUGAUCAUUUGCGGUCUUUAUCUGCUUUAGGAGCUAAGUAUACAGCAUCUGUUGGUGCACCGAAGGAGGGUCAGUACCAGCCUUAUCAGAAUUUACGUCCUGGAGAUUAUUCUUACAACUGCACCCAUGUUCAUUCAGAUGGUUUACCGCGAAAUGAUUCCUCAGAACAUUCUGAAUCUGCAACUUCAUAUUUGUCACAUAACUCUGCGCUAAUUCCAACUCAGAAUGCAUUUAGCACCAAUGUGCCAUCAUUAAAUAGUUCCUCUAUCGUAAGUUCAUGA